CAUCACCCUCAGAUUGAGCAGGUGAUUCAGUCACUGUUCGUAUAAACAUCUGUGCACAAUGAAAUAUAAAGUUUGAUAAAUUCUUCAUUUUUUUAAAUUCAGAAUGGAAAACGAUACCGAACAUAGUUCAAUUUUACUCCAGAACUUUGACAUGACCUCCAUAACGAAGGAGGUCAUCUGUUUAUCGCCUCCACUAAAGUUAAAAAAUCAUUCGGAAUCAUCUUCCUCUCAGCCGGCAUUCUUGUUAAGGAAUUGUUUAACCAGGGAGGAAUGUAAGGGUUUGAUAAACCUGGCGGAAAAUAAAAAGAAGGGCUUAUUUACCCAAACUUUGGUAAAUAUAGAGGGUGAAGAUGUGAUAAAUAAGGAUGUGAGGAGCGGCUCGAGAUACAUUUUGGAUUCGGAAGCCAUCGUAUCCCAACUUUGGACCAGAAUCAGUCCUCACAUCCCCCCCUUUUUGAAAGGCGCCGUCGUCACUGGACUCAACGAACGGUUGCGUUUCCUUCGGUACGAGCCUGGCCAGAAGUUUGUUCCGCAUUACGACGGGACUUAUGCGAGAGAAAGUGACCCCUUGGAAGUUAGCUUGGUCACUUUGCAAAUCUAUUUGAACGAUAAUUUCGACGGGGGAGAGACCAACUUUUUGGGGGAUGAUGACGACGAUGAUGACCAAGAUUGUGACCCCGAGAAAGUCAGCGUUACCCCAGAGACAGGAAUGAUCCUGGUUUUCGAGCAGGACCUGAUGCACGAAGGGGCCUUGAUACGCGACGGGGUGAAGUAUACGGUACGAACGGAUGUGAUGUAUUCUUACUCGAAGAAAUCUGGGGGAUUAGUUCUUUAACUGGAGAUAGAAAAAAAAUUACACUAAAUAUGAUGAGAUUAAAUAUUUAAUUAACUAAUUUAUUAAAUCGGCAUGCCAAUCUUUCGAUAAAACUGGGUGACAAUUACGUACGGAGUUGAAUAUUUUGUGGACAAAUAAACAAAUUUUAUAAAAAUAUUAUUAUAGAUAGUAUACUUUCUAUUUUUAUUAAAAAUAUACGUACCAAGUUAUCUUUUAUCUAAUACUGUUAUAGGAUCUUAUACAUUUAUUUUAUUGAGUAGAAUUUAGGGAAAAGUAUUUCAUCUUGAAUUAUGCAGUUUGGCGAAAAAUUGAUUUUCGAAAAAUGAGUCGUAAUUUACGUAAAAGUAAAAUAAUAUCAUAAAUAAGUAAAAGGUGAUAUUCAUCAAGAAAUUUUAAUCCCAAUAUAAAAAAUUGUAAUUACUUAAUUUGCCACCCUCAAUCGAGAUAAAUACCCCUAAUAUUUCAUUAUCUGAUUGAACCAUCUCCUCAAGAUGAAGCGUAUCAUUUUAUUCGACAUGGAGCGAAUAAGUAGGUUAUUUUACUAACUGCAUGUAUAUGUAUAUCAUUGGGUUACGUGACGUUGCUAAGCAACUAAGAAAAAUACGAAUAAAUUUUCAGGCAUAAAAAUGCCUGACUUUUUA